UGUGACUCGAACGAAAACUUGGCGUCGCGGUUGCCUCCCAUGACGGGCGGUAGUUGGAAAAAGUCUCCCGUGCAAACGAGCUGGAUGCCACCCCAGGGCUUUUCAUUCUUGCGGAGUACGCGAGCAAGGGACUCAAGCUUGUCAAACAAGCCUGCCUCAAUCAUGGAAAUUUCGUCAAUGAUGAGCACCUUG